GCCAAUGUAACCAGCGCUGGCAUUUCUGAAUGGUCGUCCACACACCUACCAACCUAUACCAUCAACGAACCAGAAAAUGCAAGUAUAUAGACUAGCCACGACCACAAGGUCCCCAACUCCUGCAGACACUCAUCUACGCACUAUAUUCACAACCUUAUUUACUAUUAUCUACUAGCGCCAUGCGUCUAACAUCCCUUCUCUCCCUCAUCCCCGCCGUCGCAGCUAGCUGCUACCACAACACCCCUCUUGCUCGACGUGCAUCCGUCCCCAGCUAUGGGUACACUGCUACGCGAGGUCCACUGAACUGGUACGGCCUUGACCCUAGCGCCAACGUUGCUUGCGCAACAGGGACACACCAGUCGCCUAUCGUCAUCGGAAGCUCCGAGAUUUCAAAGGUCAACAAUAGCACCGUCACUCUCUAUAUCCCUACGGUCUCUGACCUCGAAUUCGAGAACCUCGGCACCACCAUCGAAGUGCCUUUGACGAAUGGCACCCUCGUUGUAGGAAAUCAUACCUUCACCCUGGCGCAGUUUCAUUUCCAUACGCCCUCUGAGCACCGGAUUGACGAGGAGUAUUUCCCCAUGGAAGCCCACUUUGUGUUCUCGGACGAAGGUACGAGGAUAAACCCCUCCUGUGCUUACUUUUGUUCAUGCUAAUUAAGAAUCCCAAACACAGAUGGAAGUAUCGCCGUGGUGGGCUUUCUCAUCGAUCUCACCUCCACCAAGGAUCAUAGCACACCCUUGCUAAAUACCGUCUUCGCAGACGUCAAUGAAAUCGCCGAGCUGGGAAGUACCACCGAGCUUGGAUCUGGGUCCCUGACUACUCCACCUUGCACUGAAGGCGUGUCGUGGUAUGUCAGUGGCUUGCCGUUGGUGUUGGAUGUGGAUACGUAUAAUCAGGUGAAGAAGGUGUUGAGGUUCAAUUCGCGCUACACGCAGAACGUGUU